UCGGGACUACCAGCUUGCGGAUCGGUGAGGCAUCCCUACGUUCAACUUCGAGACGAAAUGGGCUCUUAUCUGCCGUACUACACACUCGCAGAGGGUGCCCCACUGCCCAGGAAUGAUACCAUCAAGCAGCUAUCUACCGGAUCAGGAGGGGGCCAUGUCCUGUUGACCAGUACUCAGUUGAUUGAGCAACUAGCACAUUUCUCUAGAGAACGUAUUCCUGAACGCACAGUUCAUGCCAAGGCUGCUGGAGCAACAGGCUAUUACGAGGUCACCGAUGAUGUUUCGGACAUCACAGAUGCUGACUUCGCCCACGGCAUUGGCAAGAAGUCAGAUGUCUUGAUGCGAAUCUCCACCGUCGGCCCCGAAAGAGGGUCUGCAGACACUGUGAGAGACUUCAGAGGUUUCGCUGUCAAAAUCAAAACAGCCCAAGGAAAUCAAGACUUUGUCUGCAACAACCAGCCAGUUUUCUUCGUUCGAAACCCAUCGAAAUUCCCCUCCGUGAACAGGAGCCACAAAAGAAACCCGGCCACAAACAGUUCCGAUGCCAAUAUGUUCUGGGAUUUCCAUGUAAACAACCAAGAGUCUACCCACGCGUUGAUGUUCCUGUUCGGAGACAGGGGCCUACCAUCGUCGGUCCGACAUGUGAACGGGUACAGUGGAAACACUUAUAAGUUCACAAAGGCCGAUGGCACCUACCACUAUGUCAGAUUUCAUAUCAAGACCAACCAAGGGAUACAUUAUUUCACCAACAGCGAAGGUGCGGAGCUUGCAGGAAAAGAGCCUGACAAACAUAUACUGGACUUACAAGACGCUAUCAAUACCGGCGACUUUCCGUCAUGGGAUGUAUGUGUACAAGUCAUUCACCCAAACGACAUUGCAAGCGCGCCAAUCGAUAUUUUCGACAUGACCAAGGUCUGGCCCAAAAAGCAAUACCCGCUACGCAAAAUGGGACGACUGGUGCUUGACCGUAACCCUUCCAAUUGGUUCGCGGAAAUUGAGCAGGCAGCAUUCAGCCCAAGCAAUAUGGUGCCUGGGAUCGAGCCUAGUCCUGAUCCAAUGCUGCAGGCCAGAAUGUUCGCAUAUCCGGAUGCCGCAAGGUAUAGGCUGGGUAUCAAUUACACAUUCUUGCCGACGAACGCCCCCAAGAGCGAGGUGUAUGUUCCGACUGAACGAGAUGGGCGCAUGAACUUCACCAGCAACUACGGAGAUGACCCGAACUACGUGGGUAGUAAGUUGAAGCCGAUGAACUUCAAAGGAACAGUCCAUCGAUCUGGGCAGAACGGACAUCCGGCAAACAUGAUGAAAACUCUGGACCAGGUAGAGGUCACAACACCCAUCACAGCCUUCACUACCGUCAGCGACAAGGAUUUUGAGCAGCCCCGUGCCUUGUGGGAAUUCAUGGCAAAGCAGGAUGGUGCUCAAGAACGCUUCAUCAAUAAUCUUGCGGCACAUGUGAGUGGAGUCACUCACAAGAUGCUAAGAGAGCAAACAUAUGAGAUGUUCGGGAAAGUGGACGCAAAAUUGGGCGAAGAUCUGAAGAAAACGACCGAGGCGAAGCUUGAAGGCAACCACGCUCAUCCUCAUAAGACUGCCUGGCAUUGA